AUGGUGAAGUCGGCUGAAGAAUUCCUAAAAAGCAUCAGAAACCUGGAAAUAGAACCAGAUGAGAUGAUGGUAUCGUUUGACGUGGUCUCAUUAUUCACGUCCAUUCCAACCGGCCUCGCCAUCAGCACAAUUGACGAGCUUCUUCAGGAAAAGUAUGAUGACGUUGACCAACAACUUAAGCGAACGCACAUCACUGAACUCCUGGAAUUGUGCCUCAGGACUUUCUUCACUUUUGGCGACCGGGUUUACGAGCAGAAGAAGGGAACACCGAUGGGAACCCCCCUGUCUGGGUUGAUUGCUGAGGCCGUUUUGCAGAGACUAGAACGACUGGUCUUCCGUUUGUACUCCCCAAAAUUUUGGGCCAGAUAUGUCGACGACACAUUUGUCGUAAUCAAGAGGAACGACGUUCAGAACUUCAAGGUCUUACUGAACUCAGUAUUCCCCGACAUCCAAUUUACAAUGGAAGAGGAGAACAACAACCAAUUGCCCUUCCUCGACAUGAAUGUUGCAAGGACGGUUAGUGGGAGGAUAAGAACUACGGUAUACCGUAAGGCGACGAAUACCAGACGCAUCCUCCAAUUCCGAAGUAACCACCCUAUUGGUCACAAGCGAAGUUGUGUGAGAACUCUCUUACAACGAGUUCAAACACACUGUAGCGACGACGACGGGAAAAAGGAGGAGAAAAAAUACCUACAUUCUUUAUUCGCAGCCAAUGGUUACCCACGAUCCUUCAUACGUGAGUGCCGACGAAAGACUACCCGUCAGCGAUCAGACGGUGAGAAGCCGAAGUUUUGGCUUGCGAUCCCCUACGUGAAUAAUGUUUCCGAGGCGACAGCUAGAAUCCUAAACCCUUUUGAGGUUGGGCUGGCCCAUAAACCGGAAUCCACCAUCAGACAACAAAUAAUGAGACCCAAAGACCCGCUACCGGCAACGGAACAAUCAGCAGUGGUCUACAGCAUAAAGUGCCAAAAUUGCAAUGCACGGUUUGUUGGUGAAACGGGGAAACGAAUCUGCACAAGACUACAUGAGCACCAGCUUCCAGUCAACCGCGAGGACAAACUGUCACUGGUAUAUGGCCACAUGCAACAGGCGAAACAUAGUUUCGCCUUUGGGGAAGCAAGCGCGAUCGGACGAGCCCAUGACAAGAUGGCUAGGCUGGUGCUCGAAAGCUGGUCUUCAGUUGGCACAAUCAACAGGGCUAUUGAUCUUCAUCCGGCCUACCAGGCGCUGCGUACAAGACUCCAGUCAGUCCAGACGGGGCCGAGAGUACUGACGAGCGAGUCGCGGCUCCUCCAACAGUUGUCACCUUCACAGCAGGGGGAAGGAGCUAGCCAGAGGUCACACGACCAACGCGAGACAUCGCCCCAUUGGCGCGCCCAGACAGUCGAGCGUGAUUCGCGCAUGCAACGGCAACUGAUCAGUCCAUCCGAUUGUGAGGUGAGGGCCCAUGGGCACACAGAAUUUGCAGCGAUUACGACAGCCGGUCAGGGGGCAGAGGUCACAGGAGCGCGCCAUUGGUCGCCCGUGGAGGGACCAAAGCCAAUCCCCAGCCAGAAGGCAGGUCAGAGUUCGCGCGUCAGGCAUGCCUAUAACGCCAGACAGGCGGCGAGGCAGAACAACUUCGAACAAGCAGGAACAGACACCCCACCACUCUGA